CUGCGCAUGCGCAGUGCAGGAAUCGUGCGAAGUGGUUGAAGCCGAUCGUGCUGCCCGCGUGGUGGUCGGUGUCUCGCGUUGCGGCAUCGGCGUCGUCGUUUUCUCUUCCCCCGUCGUCGUUCGUCGUCAUGUCGUACGCCUACCUCUUCAAGUACAUCAUCAUCGGGGACACGGGGGUGGGAAAGUCGUGCCUGUUGCUUCAAUUCACAGACAAAAGAUUUCAGCCAGUCCAUGACCUCACCAUCGGCGUCGAGUUUGGGGCCCGCAUGAUCGCCAUUGGCGGCAAGCAAGUCAAGCUGCAGAUCUGGGACACGGCCGGGCAGGAGUCAUUCCGCUCCAUCACGCGCUCGUACUACCGCGGAGCAGCCGGGGCCCUGCUCGUCUAUGACAUCACCAGGAGAGACACGUUCAACCACCUGACAGCGUGGCUGGAGGACGCCCGGCAGCACUCCAACUCCAACAUGGUCAUCAUGCUCAUCGGCAACAAGAGUGACCUGGAGUCGCGCCGCGAGGUGAAGCGCGAGGAAGGGGAGGCGUUUGCGCGCGAGCACGGCCUCGUCUUCAUGGAGACAUCGGCCAAGACGGCGACGAACGUUGAGGAGGCCUUCAUCAACACGGCGCGGGAAAUCUACGAGAAGAUCCAGGAAGGCGUGUUUGACGUCAACAAUGAGGCAAACGGGAUAAAGAUUGGGCCACAGCAGCUUGGAGCUACACCCAGCGGCGGGCAGGGUCGGCCAGCUGGGUCGACGGGUGGCAGUGAUGGGUGCUGCUGACUGCCUGAAACAAACACACACACACACAUUGGACCUCAUGGACAACACUGCCAAUUUACACUACCACACACUGCCACACUACACCUGAAAGCCUGCACAAAACUUUUAGGGCGUGCGCUGCUAGCGAGCUACUAUGAAGGCUGACAUUGAAGGGGUGAUUUAGCACGCACCACACCCUAGCCACCUUUGUCUCCCCAAUGCCAUUGUUUACACAACAUACCAGGUAUUCACUUGAGGCCGAGUCAACCUAGGGGAGGUCCAGGACCAGCUCAACUGGUUUGUAGUGAAAUGUCUACUGCCAAAGCCACAGCUGGUCACAUGAGGUAAGGGAAAUCCUCUCCUUGCGAAAACAACCACCCCAUUACUCAGGGCAUGUUGCAGUGAUGAAGGGACCAAGAUGAGUUUAGAUAUUUGCCACUGAUGAUACUGGUGAGCGGGAAUCAAACGGGGGUGGCCGGGUUCGUAGCACCAGUGUGCUAAACACUGCAACCACUUCCAAACCAUCCGCCACUACACAUACCUGCGCAAGUGUAAAUCUGACUUGUCACACCCGGUGCUGUAUUAGUUACCCCUGAACACACAUUCUGUUGUGAUCCAGGCAAGGAAUUAACACACAUUUUCCUUGAACUUAAACCUUAAAUCAUUCCGUGGACUUUUGCUGGCCUACAACUUUGCCUGUUGUGUAAAAGAAAAAGCCAGUGUUUGUAUCCUGCUACUGGAACUCAAUUGCCUGUCACAAUUACUUCUGUGCCUGUUCACAACUAAACUUAAAUCUCUCAAAUACCACUGUAGGUUUUCACGGCCAUGCUGUAUAACUUUCCAACGUUUUCAGAUUGUACCGAGUGUUGGUCGGCAUUGUAUGACAUUCUGUUCCACAUGCUGGGAGCUUCAGGAACAUAAGCAGCUCGCUUUCGUACCAUGAUACAGCAUUGCCGGCGGCUGCUGGUGGUGUAGCAGAUUGACGCCGUUUGGCUCAACUCUCUGACAUAGGCCAGCUGAUGUUGCCUUUGCUACGUCUGGGAGGAAACCCAGUUACCCAGAGAAAGUUAACCGUUUCGUGCACGAGGGUAAACAACAUGAGGUACAACCCGAAAACAAAUUGGGAGAAUUAAUUACCUUCAAUGGAAAUCCUAAGCAGGAAGGGGACCCCCUGACACCCCCACUGUAGGCAAUGGAGAGCACAGAACCCACCACCCACGUGGCCACUACAUCUCGAUGUAUAUUUUACUUGGAAUAUAAUUUUAAUUGUACGAGUGGGUUUUUUUAAUGAUGCACUGAUGUACCUUUUAUUAAUAACAUCUCAGCAGCUCACUCCUUGAGGUUAGGCGUGGAGGGCGGUUGGACACGGUCUCAUAGCGAGCCCAGCGCUCGCCAGCACGCAGGCAAUGCCCCCCCCCCCCCUCCCUGCAGCUGAUAACGGUUGUUUUUGUUUACGUGAAGGUAUAUUUGUUGACUCGUGUGUUUCUUGUUUGCCUUUUUGUCAACAAGUAUUAAAGCGUUAAGUUACUCA